GCAAGAGCUUAGACCGAUAGGUGAUUGUAUAGGAGUGCAGUUUAAAGUUCCUCAGCGGUCCAGCUCCAGUGCUUUGUGGUUAGAAAAUAGCUUUGUGUGGUGGAGGGUUUCAAAAAGCAACGUAACACAACGGGAGGGUUUUGAAGGUUUUUUUUUUGCAUCAAGAUCAUGGAAAACCAUCAUCAUUUAUUCCCUCUUUUUUCCUGGACAUUGUCACGUUCGUGGAAGGCAUGGCCCGUCUGCAUCCGGUUGUGAAAAUGAAUCGUGUGUACUGUGUUUUUGUGUGGGUGUGUGCGUGUGUUUUUACGUUGUGCAAAGAGGAGGAAUCUUCUUCCACUGUCACACGUGCCAUUCCGUUAACAUGCGAUUCUUACACAAUAACACUUAUGAAGCUACUGUACUUAUGAAGCGGAAGUGUCGUUCCGUCGCAGCGCCCAACGCUGCUUUACACUGUGCCGGGUGUAUUUUUUCCUCGUCGACCGGCGAGUGACUACGACUAUAAAGAACGAGCGAUUCUGUAGUCUGUGAUUGAAUGCGCUCAAUUUAUGUAGGUUACUGAAAAUAUCCAGAACAACGGAACCUUGGGCACGUCAUGGAUCAGGCAUGGAAUGAUAUGCAACCAUCAUCGAGUAACACUAUCUUCACAGAACACUCGUACAGCAAACGUCCGGAACAACAGCCCGAUGACAACACCAGGAAUCAAGCAUGGAAUGGUAUACAACCAUCAUCAGGUAACACUGUCUUCACAAAACACUCGUACAGCAAAAAUCCCGCACAACAGCCUGAUGAUAACUGCGGGAAUCAAGCAUGCAAUUAUAUGCAACCAUCAUCGAGUAACUCUGUCUGCACAGAAUACUCUUUCAUCAAAAAUCCCGAAAAACAGCCCGAUGACAACUCCGGGAAUCAAGCAUGGAAUGGUGUACAACCAUCAUCGGGCACCACUAUCUUCACAGAACACUCGUACAGCAAACGUCCGGAACAACAGCCCCAUGACAACACCAGGAAUCAAGCAUGGAAUGGUAUACAACCAUCAUCAGGUAGCACUGUCUUCACAGAACACUCGUACAGCAAACGUCCGGAACAACAGCCCGAAGACAAAACCAGGAAUCAAGCAUGGAAUGGUAUACAACCAUCAUCAGGAAACACUGUCUUCACAAAACACUCGUACAGCAAAAAUCCCGCACAACAGCCUGAUGAUAACUCCGGGAAUCAAGCAUGCAAUUAUAUGCAACCAUCAUCGAGUAACUCUGUCUGCACAGAAUACUCUUUCAUCAAAAAUCCCGAAAAACAGCCCGAUGACAACUCCGGGAAUCAAGCAUGGAAUGGUGUACAACCAUCAUCGGGCACCACUAUCUUCACAGAACACUCGUACAGCAAACGUCCGGAACAACAGCCCCAUGACAACACCAGGAAUCAAGCAUGGAAUGGUGUACAACCAUCAUCAGGUAGCACUGUCUUCACAGAACACUCGUACAGCAAAAACCCCGCACAACAACCUGAUGAUAACUCCGGGAAUCAAGCAUGCAAUUAUAUGCAACCAUCAUCGAGUAACACUGUCUGCACAGAAUACUCUUUCACCAAAAAUCCCGAACAACAGCCCGAUGACAACUCCGGGAAUCAAGCAUGGAAUUCUAUGCAACCAUCAACGGGCAACACUGUCUUCACAGAAUACUGGUACAGCAAACUUCUGGAACAACAGCCCGAUAACAGCACCUUGGAAGCAUGGAAUGAUAUACAAUCAUUUACGUGUGACGCUGCCUUCACAGAACACUCGUAUAGCAAACAUUCGGAACAACGAAACACCGACAACAACAUGGAUCAAGCAUGGAAUGGUGUGCAGUCGUCAUCAUAUUUCGGUGUCAUGCAUCAGAACGAGUUUUACGGAGAAGCUGAAUUAAACAAUGCUGCAUCGAAUGACAUCCUGGGGACGUUGUUACGAGCUAUUAACGAUUGGGCUGAUCCCACUGAUACGAACUAAGAUGAAAUCGAUAACAUGAUUCAAGUAGGCCCGGAAACUUUGCUAGAUUGACUUACUGCUUCAGGAUCUAUUCAACAAGGUGCUUGCAUUGGGCCCAUGAUCCAUCAAACACUACUCGCGUGAAUGCGUGUGAAGAAACAUGAAUGAUAUAAAAGCUUCUACUGCUGUGCUGAAGAGUUCAUUGAAUAAAAAAGAAUGAGUUUACUUCGAUUCCCAAUUUUGGUUUAUUCGUUUGGAGAUUAAAAUGAGGACAUAACAAAAAUUGACAAACAACAUCAAAGUCAAAAUUAGAAUCAGUUUAUUUUGAAACUAACAUCUUUCAAUUUAACAACUUCAAUAUACGAUGUACACCUUUAAUAUCGUAAGAAUGAUGUUUCGUUUUGCUUUGAAUUACGGACGCUUAAGCCAUUAUUGGCAUGUAAUAUUUUCUUACUGAUUCAAAAAUCCUCGGUCAUAUCUCUGUUCAGCUCACUAUACUGAAGCCAACCAUCUCAAAUUGAAAUAAAAAAUAAAAAUAAAAUAAAUAAAUAUGUUCAAAUAUUGUUGUUUUAUUUUUAUCGCUGAAUGUUUGUUCUUGUUAUUAUUACUGUCUAAAACAUAUGUUUAUGCAAUUAAUCGCAAUGCACUUUGGCUGCCCCAAAAACCAGAUACAAAAUUUUGCCUCGAAUUCCAUAUUUCGUUAAAUAUGUGUUUUUAACGAAUUCCUAGAGCAGUAUGUUAAAACAUUGUUGUUAUCACAGUGAUAACUACCUCUUCAAUGGACUUCGACGUACUUCAAUGCAUCGGAGCCAGAUUUAUAGGAAUUAUAAAAGUUUCUAAGUUACACUAGACUUCGAUUUUUAACAAAACUGCUAAGAAUGCCGCCGUCUGUGUACUGACCGACCGAAUAUAUUUAUUAGCCGUGGCAUCAGGGCCUACCGGGGGUGGCAUCAGGACCUACAGUAAAUUUAGAAAUCGAUAAAGCUAGGAACUGGAUAUGAAGUAA